AUGGCAAACGAAGAGCAGGAAAUGAUGGAAUCUUCUGAUGAAGAGGCAGGCCCAGGCUAUGCCACCUUGGCGCGGGACGGACCCAAGGAGUCGAUGGGAAGUGUUGGACACCCUGACGGCUGCACUCCAUGUACCUUCUAUUGCUUCACUCGGCGCGGCUGCAACCGCGGGGCAGAUUGCAAGUUCUGCCAUAUGACGCACCAGUCCAAGCUUCAGCAACGCCGAGAGGCCUGGAAGAAGCAGCAGCGGGAGAAGCGGAAGCUGAUGCGAGGCUUUGCUCACAAGGAGGAUGCUCCGGAGGCUCCGCAGAGGCCCCAGGUCGUCAGGGGGAAAAAGCCUUUGACCGAGGAGGCAGUGCCCAAUAAUGGCACCAGCAGCGUGAAGUCCGUGGUGUUUACGUACACCCCUUCGAGAGUCACCUUGACUACUGGACAGCAGACUGAGAUCCGUCCGGCGCUCUUUGGCCCCUCCAGCACCACCAGGCGUUUUAGUGUCCUGAGCCGCUUGCCAGAGGGAUUGACCUUGGAUCACCAAACCGGCACCAUCAGUGGUGUGCCAGUGAUGGGAAGCCCUUGGGAAGUCUUCAAUGUUCAGGUGGAGAUGAUGGACGGACAGACUGAGGGCGGCAACGGCGGCAACCGUGCUGUUUGGUGCUGUGGAAUGCUUUGGCAGUUUGGGCAGUUUGCAAAGCUCCCCACAUUGGCAAUCCGCAGCCUUUUGGUUUUCAAGUUGAAGAGAGAAAUUAGGUUUCUGCUCGACUCAGAUCAUUCUCAGAGUGACAUUGCUCCACAGGCAAGUGGUCUGGAGUAG